AUGCCUGCACCUGUGACGGAUUCAAGCUCCAAGAAGCGCAAGAGUGGCAAGAAUGCCAGCGCCCCAUCCUCCAAGCGCCGAGCUGUUGCUGAGGACAAGUUCGCCGAGACACUUUCUACUAUUCAAGAGCUAGAGGAUCAGAUUGCGGAGUCGCGAAAGGGUUAUAACAAUAUUGCAACUCUGCUCUCGAUGCUAAAUGUCGCAAAGUCGGCUGAAAAACCUGAGAUGGCUGCGGCCGUGUCUCUCUGCCGUGUUUUCAGUCGAUUGAUCGCCGGAGGACAUUUGACCGAGUCAAGCCGCGCCGCUGAGAACGAGAAAAUCGUUGUGGCAUGGCUGAAGGAAAGAUGCAUUGAUUAUCAGAAUGCUCUCGUAGCUAUCAUGCGCGAGGCAGAUACUUCCUCUCAGAUUGCUGCUUUGACACUUAGUAUGCGCAUUGUCAAAGAACGCCUCGCCCAUAUCCCCGGUACCGAGAACAGCGUGUGGUCGACGGGUUUCUUCAAGGAUAUCUUUGCGGCCAUCAUUGAGGCACACAAUGGCGAUGAUCUACAGUUCGAGGCUGUCACCAAGUUCGUGAAGGAAUACGAGGAUGUGAGAUACUAUACAUUCACACAGAUGACUGACUAUGCCUCUACGAAACGAUCCCCCGAAACCCUUGAAAUCCUGAUCAAGAUCCUUCAAGCAUGCGAUGAGGUACCCGGGGCGGACCACAAGUUCGAAAACUUCUAUGCGAAACGAGAUACCAAGAAUAAGCGUCUAGUGUCGGCAACCUCCCACAGAAAGCAGGCACAGGAGGCGUGGCUGGCCAUCCUACGAAACAACCUCUCGCAAUCGCAGCGCAAGAGCCUGCUGCGCAUGAUGGUGCACAACAUUGAGCCAUGGUUUAACCGACCGGAGCUACUGAUGGAUUUCUUGACGGACUCAUACAAUGUCGGCGGUGCGACAUCUCUCCUCGCAUUGUCUGGUCUCUUCUACCUGAUCCAGGAAAAGAAUUUGGACUAUCCACAGUUCUACGCAAAGCUGUACUCUCUCUUGGAUGCCGAGCUGCUGCACUCCAAGCACCGGUCACGAUUCUUCCGACUGCUUAACACCUUUUUGUCCUCGAGCCAUCUUCCUGCCACACUGGUUGCCAGCUUUAUCAAGCGUCUCGCUCGUCUCUCGUUGAACGCCCCUCCCUCCGCCAUUGUGGUGAUUGUUCCUUUCAUGUACAACUUUUUCAAAAGCCACCCCACAACGACAUUCAUGCUUCACCGAUCGAUUCGCGACAAGGACCUCCUCGAGGAAGUGGAAAGGGAAGGCAUGGAUGAUCCCUUCGAUCCCAAUGAAACCGACCCCAACCUGACCGACGCCAUUGAGAGCAGUCUUUGGGAAAUCGAGACUCUCCAGUCUCACUUCCAUCCCAAUGUUGCAUCCAUUGCACGCAUCAUUUCCGAACAGUUCACAAAGCAAGCAUAUAGUCUGGAAGAUUUCCUCGAUCACACGUAUCAGGGCAUGGUGACUGCAGACCUUGGAGUGGAGGAGAGAAACCUGAAAAAGAUUCCUGUUGUUGAGUACCAGAUCCCCAAGCGCAUCUUCACAGAUCGUCUAUUAGAGGAGGAUGGCGGUGUGGACUCUGGUCCUGGGUGUUUCAUGCGGGGAUUGUGGGAGUUCUAA